AUGAUUCUGGAUCUAUAAUUAAUCUUCGAGACUCUGUUAUCAAGUGGAUGGAAUCAUAAAUUAAAGAAAUGCUAGAGUAAGUAUAGUUAUUUUAAAUACAUAAGUAAGAGUUUUUUUUUAAAUGAGAAGAAUUAAGAAUUGAGAAAUAGUUAAAUUGAGAUAGAAUUUGAUAAAUAAAACUCUGAAAUUACUUGGAGAGGAGUAUAUAGUAGAUCUGAUGUGAAAACUGGAGUCUGGGAAAUCUAUGGAAAUAUGAUGAAAAAACUAAUAAAAUGUAUCAAUAAAUAUUAAUUAAUUAUUCCUUGUUGUGAAUACGAUAAUCAAGAACAUAAAAUGGGAUAGUGGAUAGAAUAAUCUGAUAGAUUUAGAUAUUGGAAUUAAUCCACUUCAUAAGGAAAGUACAAUAAACAAGGUGUGAGAGUCGAAAAGUGGAACUUAUACUGGAAAUAUGAAGGAAAAAUAAUAAAUGUAAUGUACCAAAUUAAUUAUUGUAUCGUGGAAGUGGGGAAUAUGAUGAAUAAGGACGAAAAACUGGAAAAGGGAUAGAAUAGAGUAAUGAAUUUUCAUUUUAUAAUUAAACUACUUGAAGUGAAGAGUAUAAUAACAAAGGAGUGA